GAUGGGUAUCUUGCCCUAGAAACGUACAAAUAGAGACAUUAGCGUCGCCACUAUCAAUCAUUCAAUCCGUCAAGCGAAGCGAAGUCGAGUCUAGUUAGCCUGUUCCCACCGUUGCUUUGCUUUGAUUCGAUGGCAUGCGUUGACAGUUGGAGGGAAGACUAGAAGUUUGGAACGCUGCCAGACUUACCGACGCCACAUCCGCAAAUGCACUCGUCUCAGUCCCAGCCCCUGUGGCACCACCCAGAUUCUCAUCCUCCGCAUUCACAUUCGCCGACGAUACCGAGGCAGGCAACAACCUCAGAACAGUGACCUGUGUACUCACACUCGGAGUCCUCGCCUGGGCUCCAAAAUACUUCACAGCGACAUACAAACCCUGCACCUCCUUGACCACCGCCCCCCUCUCAAGUUAUGUUUCAGAGAGCAAUAAUGCGACGUCUAUUCGGUCCCAAAAGCGUGCGUGCGUGCAACGGGAGUAGUAUAGUUUCCUAUAUGCAAAUGUGGGUCGACGAACCUAGAUAGAUGGCAUAUAUGGUCAGCACGGCUUCAGACCAUAACAUUACAGCUAACAUCUGCGACACAAACGACUCGCGUAGGCAUAAACCUUUCCUUUUGGAUCCAAAUUAUACAUAUGCUUGCCUGCAUUCUUCAUUAUAGCCUCCACAAGUCUCGGGCCUUCGCCAUACCCCCAAACUCCCCUCACCGUCCUUACAUUCAUCGGCACAUCGUCCCCGCCAUCUGCGCCUCUCUCAACGGGAAUCUUCUCGCUGGUCUAGAUCGCUGUGUGCUUUGCCAGUGCAUCUUGAGUACCCUCCACAAACCUAUCGGAUCCUACAUGGAAGUGAUAGUUCGAAGGUGGACCGGGCAGCGUAGAGAGAGCACGACAGCACGCAAGUGUAGAUCCGGCGCGGGUGGAGAUACGAGACGUGGAAUGUUGAGCGCCAAUGAAGACACAUUAUGUCAAAACUCCGGGUAAGGCAAGCGACUCAGAGACGCGUCCGACUUAUGUGCGACGCGUCUGUCUUCGACGCGAGGUGAUGCCUCUGUGUAUGUUAGCAGAAGACGCUAGAGGGAUACUCCAAGCAACAAAAAAUCCCAGUUCAGUUAAUAUAUGACAACGACGUUCACCGUUCUCGUCAACUAGCAGCCUGAAGAGAGUGCGACAAUAUCACACCGUUACCUUGCCAAGUUUCUCGGUCCUGUGUGAUGAUACAUGUGUAAAA